GGUCAUUAGGGUAAGGUUCAAUACGUAUUGCUUGCAAAAAAACUAACACACAUCAGUGUGACUACAAUAAUCUACAUAUUAAGUAGCACACGUACAUUUACUUUACUGUACUAAGUAUUAACUUGACCGAGUGCAUGGGGACAUCUUUAUUUAGCUUUCUCAUCCUUGUUUCUUUGAAAGCAUUGCACUAUUUCAUACGUUGUCUUAACUAUUCUUAUGCACAUCCGUGUAGUAAGCAUUGUUCACUGUCCUGUUUUAUAAUCAAGUGUAAACCUACCAAACCGGUAUUACUGCCCAAUCAGUUUCUUUAUAAGAGAGUUGGCCAGUCUGAUCCUACUAUUCCCGACUCUGAAGACUCAAGAAUCGGCGUUGCCUUCAAACCAUCCAGCUGUCGCUCUUUGCCAAAUAAUCGAUAUCAUCACAGACUACACACCUGUGCCAUGACGACCAACAGCACGACGAUACAGAUGCAGUCCAACAUGUCACACACGGGAAAUGACACGGACAAGAAACAACAGAAAUGUGAGGACUCUGGCAAACAGUUUAGUGAGUUGGGUCAUCAGAAGGAACAUGGGAGAACUCACACUGGUGAGAAACCGUACAGAUGUGAGGAGUGUGGCAAAGGGUUCAGUCAUCUGAAGGGACUGCGGCUACACAUGAAGAUGCACACUGGUAUAAACGCGUACCGCUGUGAAGACUGUGGCAGGCAGUUCAGUUGGCUGGCUCAUCUGAAGAAACACGCGCUAACACACACAAGGGAGAAGUCUUACAAGUGCGAGGAGUGCGGCAAACAAUUUGGUCAUCCAGGUACUCUAAAGGAACAUAUGCGGAGUCACACUGGAGAGAAACCAUACAGGUGCGAGGAAUGCGGCAAACAGUUCAGCCAGUCGAGUAGUCUGUGGAAUCACAUGCGGACUCACACUGGUGAGAAGCCCUACCUGUGCGAGGAGUGCGGUAAACAGUUCAGUCGGCUAGGUAAUCUAAAAGUGCACAUGACGACCCACACUGGUGAAAAACCGUACAUAUGUGAAGUAUGUGGCAAUCAUUUUAGUCAUCUGGGUUCUCUGACAAGCCACAUGUGGACUCACACUGGUGAGAAACCAUACCGGUGUGAGGAGUGCGGUAAACAGUUCAGUCAGUCGAGUCAUCUGAAAACUCACAUGCGGACUCACACCGGCGAGAAACCCUACCGGUGCAAGGAGUGUGGCAAACAGUUCAGUCGGCCAUAUAAUAUGAAAGAACACGCGAAGACGCACAGUGGUGAGAAACCUUUCACAUGUGAAGAGUGUGGAAAACAUUUUAGCCACCUUCGUAGCGUGAAACAACACAUGAAGACUCACACUGGUGAGAAACCGUACAGAUGUGAGGAGUGCGGCAAACAGUUUAGUCAGCUGGGCAAUCUGGUAAACCACGUGCGGACUCACACCGGUGAGAAACCCUACAACUGUGAACUGUGCAAUAGAAGCUUCACUUAUCCAAGUAGUCUAAAGAGACAUGCAUGUGUGAAGACUUGCACCAGCCAACAACCAUUCUUACAAGUGUGACAUUGAAAGUUAUCAGAAAUGACAUUCUCUUUUUAAGAAGCACAGAACACGUGGGGAACUUUUCUUUUUCUUUUUCUACAAUGUACAAGACGUAAUUCAAACGCAUGUGCAACAUGAAAUAUGCUGUGAAAUAUGUAUGUACAUGUCAAUGUACUUAGCAUUGAGUUUACAUAACAUAGCAAGAUGGCAUGCCGAAAUAUUUCGGUUGUUAAUGUAUCAAAUCUGUUAAAGUUU